AUGGCCGUCUUCGGUGGAUUCUUCGAAUGGCUUUGGUCGUUGUUUUGGAGUAAACACAUCGAGAUCACGAUCAUUGGACUUCAGGCCAGCGGAAAGACAUCGCUCGUGAACGUUAUCGGCUCCGGUCAGUGGUCUGAGGAUGUCGUUCCAACGGUCGCCUUCAACCUGCGUCAAGUCCGCAAAGGCAACGUCACGAUGAAGAUUUGGGAUGUUGCUCCCAAGUUCCGCGGGAUGUGGGACCGCUACUGCCGUGGUACAAACGCGAUUGUUUAUGUUGUGGACUCAGCAGACAGCCUGCCGACAGCUACUUCGGAGCUGCACUCCCUACUGUCGAUACCCGAUCUCGCUGGUGUGCCCCUACUCGUGCUUGCGAACAAGAACGACCUGCCCGGUUCGCUUCCCGUCGACGACAUCAUCAGCCGUAUGCGCCUCGCAGAAAUCCAGGGCCGUGCCGUCUCCCAACAAGACGAGGCACAACCUCGACAUCGUCCUUGCAUGGCUCACUCAGCGAGCCCAGUAGGCCAUUCGCCUAUACUCGCUCGACCGUCACCUGCGGUGCAGCUUACACGGCCUGGAACACUUGUCUCAUCCUCUCUCUCCAGGAACUGA